AUGCGCCUGUCCCAUCUCCUCUCCAUUCUGCCCCUGGCAGCGGCAGUUCCGACCGCCAAGCGUUCCGAGCCCGCUCCCCUCCUGACUCCGCGCGGCGUCAGCGCCGAGAGCCUCGUCGCUGACCAGUACAUGGUCAAGUUCAAGGAGGGUAGCGCCCUCGCCGCCGUCGAGGACGCCAUGAAGGCGCUCCCCAACGUGGCCGGCGGCGAAAUAUUUAGCGAGGUGUUCAAAGGUUUCGCCGGCCACUUUGACGCGGCGACUCUGGGCCUCAUUCGCGACCACCCGGAUGUCGAGUAUGUGGAACAGAAUGCCAAGAUGACUGCUUUUGCCCCCGUCACGCAGAGCUCGUCGACUUGGGGACUCGCUCGCAUAUCCCACAAGAACACUGGCGCUAGCAGCUACAUUUACGACUCUUCUGCCGGAUCUGGAACCUGCAGCUACAUUGUCGACAGCGGCAUUGACGCCUCCCACUCUGACUUUGGCGGCCGCGCGCAGCAGAUCAAGUCCUUCAUCGGCCAAGGCGGCGACACGUGCGGCCACGGCACGCACGUGGCCGGCACCAUCGGCAGCACCACGUACGGCGUGGCCAAGAAGACGAGCCUCUUUGGCGUCAAGGUGCUCGAGUACAACAGCCGCACGGGCAAGUGCGAGGGCCCCAACGACGGCAUCAUCCGCGGCCUCGAGUACGUGGCGCAGGACGCCGCGCGCCGCAACUGCCCCAAGGGCGUCGUGGUUAACAUGAGCCUGGGCGGCGGCUUUUCGCAGGCGUCCAAUGACGCCGUCGCCGCACUCGUGCGCAAGGGCUUCUUCGUGGCCGUGGCUGCCGGCAACGGCGACGAGAAUAACAUUCCCAUUGAUGCGGCCGACGUGUCUCCGGCCUCGGAGCCGUCGGCGUGCACGGUCGGCGCGAGCGAUAAGAACGACGACAUUGCGAGCUUCUCCAACUAUGGCGAGCCGCUUGAUAUUCACGGCCCCGGCGUCAACGUCGUCAGCCUGCGUAUUGGUGGCGGCACGACCACCAUGUCGGGCACGUCGAUGGCGACGCCGCACAUUGCCGGCCUCGCGGCGUACUUUAUGGGCCUGGGUCGCUCGGCCGAGGGCAUGUGCGACUACCUGCAGAGCAUCUCGAUCAAGGACGCCAUCUCGGGAGUGCGCGAGGGCACCAAGAACCUGCUUGCGCAAAACGACCAGGCUAAAUAG